ACUUAAGCAAACACAAAGAGCUAUAUAUUUUGUGGAGCACUUUGCUACAGUCCCUCUCUCGUUCACGACUUCCUCUGACAAGAGCGGCCAUGUCGCUGCGGCCGCGAACGACGACGCGGGGGGACGCGCGGAGGAGGUCGUACAAGGCGUGGGUGGACGCGGGGGAGGCGCGGCGGAGGAGGGAGGCGUACCUCCUCGACCUGCGCCGGAGCAAGCGCCAUGGCGACCUCCUCAAGCGCCGCCGCCGCCGCCACGACGACGACGACGAAGACCACGACUCCGCCUCUCCUCCUCUUUCGCCGCGGCACCCUGAACCCCGCGAUCACGCCGCGCCCGACCCUCCAUCUCCCUCCUCCUCUCCCCCUCCUCCGCCUGCCGCCGCCGCCGAAGGCGACGACGACGCCGGCGAUUCCGAGUUGGGAAAUUUGCCUGGAAUGGUGGAGAGAGUUUGGUCAGACAAUCCAGCUUUGCAAUUGGAAGCAACUAGUCAGUUCAGGAGGCUUCUCUCAAUCGAGAAGAACCCCCCGAUUGAAGAGGUCAUUAAGGCAGGUGUUGUUCCAAGGUUUGUUGCAUUUCUUUCAUUGCACGAGCUUCCGCAGCUGCAGUUAGAGGCUGCAUGGGCACUGACGAAUAUAGCUGCUGGGACAACAGAGCAUACACAAAUUGUUAUUAAACACGGUGCUGUUCCAAAGUUGGUAGAGCUACUUGAUUCUCCACGGCAUAAUGUUAGAUUGCAGGCUGUGUGGGCACUAGGUAACGUUGCUGGUGACGCUCCAAGCUGCAGGAAUUCCGUCCUCGAGCAUGGUGCUCUCUAUCCAUUGCUCUCUCUAUUUAAUGAACAUGCACGAAUAUCAAUGUUGAGGACCGCUACAUGGACAUUGACUAAUCUUUGUCGCGGAAGACUACCUGAUAAAUCUCAGAUGAAGCCCAUUUUGAAGAUACUUCGGCAGCUUAUUAAUUCCAUUGACGAAAAUAUUUUAGCUGAUGCAUGCUGGGCUUUAUGUUAUCUUUCUGGUGGUACAAUUCAUGAAAUUGAGGUUGUGGUUGAGGCUGGCGUCUGUCCACCACUUGUAAAGCUCCUAUUGCAUCCAUCACCCAAUGUUCUUACUCCUGUCAUUUUAACAAUCGCGAAUAUUACUGCUGGAAAUGAUUCUCAGACGGAGGUCAUAGUGGAAAAUGGUGUGCUCCCUUGCUUAUUCCAACUGCUCACUCAUAGAUAUGAGAAGAGGAUAAGGAAAGAAGCUUGUCUGACAGUUUCAAAUAUUACCCUCCGAGGAAUAGUGCAGAUUCAGGCUGUAAUCGAAGCCAACAUCUUCAGCCCUCUGGUACAGCUACUAGAGCAUGUAGAUGUGGAUAUCAAGAAAGAGGCUGCUUGGGCUAUAUCUAAUGCUACUGUAGAGGGUUCUGAUGAACAAAUACGCUAUUUGGUGAGUCUGGGGUGUGUGAAACCACUUUGCGAUCUUCUCGAAAGCAGAGACCCUAUAACCGUGUGUGUGUGCCUUAACGCUCUUGAUAAUAUACUGAGCGUUGGAGAGAGCGACAAGAAAUCUGGUAAAACGGGGACAAAUCCCUAUGUCGAACUUGUCAAUGAAUGUGGGGGUCUGGAUAAAAUCGAGAACCUGCAAGAAUUCGACAACGACGAAGUCUACAAGAAGGCCAUCGAAGUAUUAGAGAGUUACUGGGACGAGGAAGACCAAAACGAAGCACCGAUUUUCCGGGGCUCUGGUGUAUCUUCUGAGGGUGCAUUCGAGUUUGAUGUUAGCUAGCCUUCAAGAAUUUCUAUAUUCUUUUAUGAAGUGUUUCACAGUUUCCUAUUGGCCCGUUAAUUUCAAACGUGUAUAGCGUUUUAGGUCUUAAAAAAAUCCAAUGUAUUAUCUAUAUGGUUGUUUUCAUAACACUCAAGAGUUAGAUUUGUGUUUUUUACCUCUUA